AUGAAAAAGAUAGCACCAAGUUUGUUGGAUUAUCAAUCUGCAGGCUAGGGAUAAUUGUUGAAAUAUAUUCAGACAUUGAGGGAAGCAGAGUAGAACAGCAUUAUUCAUAAAUUACAAAAAUACGACAUUAAAUAAUUGUAUCAUGUUUAUCAAUAAUUCAAAGCAAAGAUAGUUUAGAUGACACCUUAAGAGACAAUCAGAUGUUUGGAGUUUGAUUAGAAGGACGAAGAGAUUGGAUAUACAACAAUAGCAGAGGGCAAACUGGCAAUCGUUAUGAGUGCUCAGCAAAACAUUAGUUUGUUAGACAUCCAGUUGCCUUCACAUAAGUGUUUGUUUCAAUUGUAUUGCGAACGAAUUUGGAGUCUUUAGAAUGUAAUCAAACAGCGUUGUGGAAUGUGUUUACCAAUUUUGAUAUUCAUUAUGACCACCAAUAUUAAUCAUGAUAUGAUUACUUGCUUUUUUUAAGAAAAGAAUCAUUUUGGCUUGUAAGAUGAUCAGAUCUUUUUUAUUUAAUAAGAUAAUUUACCCUUAUUUAGCAUGGAAGGACAAAUUCUAUUUAGUAAUGAAUCUUAGAUUUUUGAUGAUUGCAUUGGUGAUGGAUAUAUAUAUUUAAAUCAAUCGGUUUUAGAUACUAUGAAAUUUUUGGGAAUCACCAUCCUUCACCUUUGUUCAAUAGAAAAUGUACUUUGCAAAUUUGGAGAUCCCCUAUGGAUUGGUGCUUUCAUUAGAAAUCAAUUAUAUUUGAGUGCAAAAUGUGUACAAAAACGUAGUGUUGAUGAAAACCUAGGAAUCAUUGUAUUUAGAAUUGUAAUUUCAUUUCUAGAGUAUGAUGAAAUCUCUUAUUCUGAUUUGGUCAAAAGAGACAAAAACGGAGGUUUGGCUAAUCCUGAUGGAGUCAUUGGUUAGAUCUUAUGUUCUCUCGAUUAUGCCCUUGAACUUUUAGAGAUUUACAAUCAAACUAGUUUCCAUAUUCGAUAAAAGAAAUGUACAUAUUUUGAUUACAUAACUUCCAGUUUAAUCAAACCCAUGUCACAAUCUAAUGCUCUUAAAUUUGAAUUGACAUUUUACUAAGCUAUUCCUUAUUGUCCUAUUCAAUCCUUUGGAUUAUUCAGAGUCAAAAGGGAAUAUGAAUAUGCUCCCAUCCUCAAUCCACCAAAUGAAAACAAAGAUACUAUUCAUACUGCACGCCAGGCCUAUAUGCGUAGAGACCAAAAAUGGAUGUCUCAAAUAGGUUUUGAUGUCAAUUCAGAAUUUGAAAUCUCGCCCAAAUUAACUUAUUUUGGAGAGGGUUUGGAAGAGGCUACAAAAAAGUAGAUCAAAAAUAAAUUAUAAAUGCCACUUAUUCUGCAUAGUGAAAAAUAAAUUAGAACUGUUAGAGUUAAUAGUGUUCAUAAUUAAUAACCUUAAAGUUCACCUAACAAGUAUUCUUCAUAAACUGUUAACAAUUAAAGUUUCGUGUAAUAAAAAAUGAGCAUUCAUCAAAGCUUGAAUCAUCUGAAAUAACCUAUCACAAACUCAUUAGUUACUCCAACUAAUAAUUAAAAUUUCCAAAUGACAGGCAGAAGAAGUAUCGAUUAGAAACCUAAUAGAUAGACUGAUUAUUAUCAUAGACCUAAUCUAAAUUAAUUAAACAAACCUCUAUUUUAAGUACCUAACACUUAUUAUUUACCAAAAAAAUGAUUUCAUAAAUAAUUUUAUUAUAAUA